UCGCGCCGAGGACCACCUUUCGUGUAGACGGCCGCGGACCAACCGAACCAGUCUGGAUCUUUCGCUUCCUUCGAGCAGUGUUGUGUGCGUGUGCCUGCUCUGCUGCCAUCGCGCGCACUUAAAAAAUUAUAUUACGAGUGUGCUCCGGUGUUGUUAUUAAGCGAGUGAUUUUUCCCUGCUCAAAGUGGUGCGAGAAAAUUCGAUUCCCAUACACACACACGUGUGCAUCGCAAACUGCAUCCGCGAGGUGGGCCGCCGCCAUUAAAAUGUAAACCGAUCGAUACACUGCCGAUCGACGAAUAGUUGAACGAGAGCGUCCGACGGUUGAUUGCAAAUUUUGCAGACACGCACCCUCUGGGGGGGGUGGUGGGUUGGUGGAACCGGUGAUGGUGUUGAGCGGUGGUACUGAUGAUGGUAGUGGUGACGCACAGCCCCAACAACACAACACGACCCAGAACCAGUCGAGUGUAUCGCUGUAAACUGUAAACCUCCGGCCUCUUCGGUGUGUGCAAGGUUCUCGCCCGCUGGCUGCUUCUUCACAAGAAGCUGGUUUUUCUUUCUUCAUCUGCGUGGACGCUUUUUUUUUGCGCGGGCUCGCGUAACUAGAAACCGGAUCGGGAACGUCAAUUUGAGGCAGGCGGCCACGCUACUCCGAGUUCCCCCCUUCUCUGUUGCUGGUGUUCGAUUUCCACAGUAUUCGUUGCCGUGUGCCAAGAGUGUGUGUGUGUGUUCGGUGCGGGGAAAUCAAAGCGAAACCGUGCUACCGCUAUUACCAUAGAGAAAAUUCAGGAAACGUUUUUACCAAGAAGUGGAUGAUAGUGCCUACAGAGAGUGAGAGAGUGCAGCAAGAAGUGAAUCCCUGUCCUACCCCAUUAAAGUGCUUUGUGGGGUCGUGUGUUUAAUAUCGGGCCCUGAUAGUGUGCACCUUUGUGUGUGUUUUUUAGUGUAUGCGCGUGUAAGAGUGAGUGCAUUGUGUGAGGUGGAAAGUUUCCUUCUUCAGUGUUCUUUUACUCCGUGCGGUGAUCCUUGCGUACGUACUUCGCUUGGUGCGGUGGAAUAUCAAGGGAGUGUUGUUUCGGGAAGGGCAACCGUUGGGCCCAUAAAUAACGACGUCGACGGCGAUGGCGGAACGUUUCAAGGUUACGAAGGCGGAACAGGCGGCCGGUCUGGAUGAGGAGGCCGCCGUCACAGGAAAGUUGCUGUCGAGCGAAAAACAUCAAGGUGAACCCACCGAUGAUCAACCCUUCGUGUCGAAAGGAGAUAAAAUCGAUACAAAUCUGUACCUUUACUCGGAUGACAUUCAGGAACGUCCGCAUGUCACCACGCUCAUUUCGUCCCUGGCAAACUACUCGAAUACGAUCCCGGCACCGACGGAUCCCGAUGCCAAACCAGCACCUGCCUCCGCCCGCAUGGGCACACUCAUCGGUGUCUAUCUGCCGUGCAUACAGAACAUUUUCGGUGUCAUUUUAUUCAUCCGUUUAACCUGGGUUGUCGGUACGGCUGGAGCCAUAUUCGGGUUUUUAAUCGUAUUAUGCUGUUGCUGUGUGACCAUGUUGACUGCCAUUUCCAUGUCGGCCAUCGCCACGAACGGGGUGGUACCGGCGGGCGGCAGCUAUUUCAUGAUAUCGAGAUCGCUGGGGCCCGAGUUUGGUGGCGCUGUCGGGAUGUUGUUCUACACGGGAACAACUUUAGCAGCCGCUAUGUACAUAGUCGGUGCGGUAGAAAUCGUACUGACGUACAUGGCGCCCUGGCUCUCGAUAUUCGGCGACUUCACCAAGGACGCAUCGGCCAUGUACAACAACUUCCGCGUCUACGGUACCGGUUUGCUGUGCGUGAUGGGUCUGAUCGUGUACGUUGGAGUGAAGUUCGUGAACAAAUUUGCCACCGUCGCCCUGGCCUGUGUCAUCUUCUCGAUCAUUGCGGUCUACGCUGGCAUUUUCGAUAACAUCGACGGAAACGAUAAGCUAUUCCUGUGCGUGCUGGGCAAACGAUUGCUGAAGGAUGUGGCCGUCGCCAACUGCUCCAAGGAUGAGGGUGGUGUGCUGUGGAACUACUUCUGCGCCUCCGGGGAAUGUGAUCCAUACUUCAAAGAGCAAAACAUAUCGCUGGUUCGCGGCAUCAAGGGAUUGAAGAGUGGUGUCUUCUUUGACAACUUGCUGCCAUCUUUCUUGCAGGAGGGACAGUACAUCGCGUACGGCAUGGAUCCGGAUCAUAUCGAACCGUUGGACCGUCCGAGCUACAACCAGGUGUACGCCGACCUUACGACUGCCUUUACGAUUCUGAUCGGUAUCUUCUUCCCAUCGGUAACAGGCAUUAUGGCCGGCUCGAACCGUUCCGGCGAUUUGGCGGACGCACAAAAAAGUAUUCCCAUCGGUACGAUCGGUGCCAUCCUGACGACCUCGACCGUGUAUCUGUCCUGCGUGCUGCUGUUUGCCGGUACCGUCGACAACCUACUGCUGCGUGACAAGUUCGGCCAGUCCAUCGGUGGUAAGCUGGUGGUGGCAAACAUGGCCUGGCCCAACCAGUGGGUCAUUCUGAUCGGUUCGUUCCUGUCAACGCUCGGGGCGGGUUUGCAGAGCUUGACCGGUGCGCCCCGUCUGCUGCAGGCCAUCGCGAAGGACGGUAUCAUCCCGUUCCUGGAACCGUUUGCCGUCUCGUCCAAGCGCGGUGAGCCGACGCGUGCCCUCAUUCUCACGCUGCUGAUCUGCCAGUGCGGUAUACUGCUCGGUAAUGUGGAUCUGCUCGCACCGCUGCUGUCCAUGUUCUUCCUGAUGUGUUACGGCUUUGUCAACCUGGCCUGUGCCCUGCAAACGCUGCUCCGUACACCGAACUGGCGCCCACGCUUCAAAUACUAUCACUGGUGUCUAUCGCUGAUUGGCCUGACGCUUUGUAUUUCGAUCAUGUUCAUGACAUCGUGGUACUUCGCACUGAUUGCAAUGGGAAUGGCCGUCCUGAUUUACAAGUACAUCGAGUACCGUGGUGCCGAGAAGGAAUGGGGUGACGGUAUCCGGGGUAUUGCCCUGUCGGCCGCCCGCUACUCACUGCUCCGCCUCGAGGAAGGACCACCGCACACGAAGAACUGGCGUCCACAGAUUCUGAUGCUGGCCAAGCUGAACGAUGACUUUACACCGAAGUACCGCAAACUGUUCUCGUUCGUGUCGCAGCUCAAGGCGGGCAAGGGUUUGGCCGUGGUGGUGUCACUCAUCCAUGGUGACUUUACCAAGCGGGCUGGUGAAGCGGCCGCCGCCAAGCAAGCCCUGCGCAAGGUGAUGGACGACGAGAAGGUGAAGGGAUUCUGCGAUGUGCUGGUAGCAUCCAACAUUGCUGAUGGACUUUCCCACGCUGUGCAAACCAUCGGGCUCGGUGGCAUGAAGCCGAACACGGUCAUCAUCGGCUGGCCGUACGGUUGGCGUCAAAGCGAGGACGAUCGCACCUGGCACGUGUUUCUGCAAACGGUACGUCACGUUAGUGCCGCCCGGAUGGCGCUGCUCGUCCCGAAAGGCAUCAACUUCUUCCCGGCCAUCGGCGAUAAGAUUGCUGGAAACAUUGAUAUCUGGUGGAUUGUGCACGACGGCGGUCUGCUGAUGCUGUUGCCGUUCCUGCUGAAACAACACCGCUCGUGGAAGAACUGCAAGAUGCGUAUCUUUACCGUCGCCCAGAUGGAGGACAACUCCAUCCAGAUCAAGAAGGACCUGAAGAUGUUCCUGUACCAUCUGCGUAUCGAGGCGGAAGUGGAGGUGGUUGAGAUGAUGGAUAGCGAUAUCUCGGCGUACACCUACGAGCGGACACUGAUGAUGGAGCAGCGCAACCAGAUGCUGAGGAAGCUUCGAUUGAACAAACGCGAAAAGGAGAACGUGGUGCAAGCCAUCGUUGACCAUCACCAUCACAAUGACAACAAUACCAAGACCGCGUCCAAGGUUCGAUUCGCCGAUCCGACGGAAAACAAAGAAGCCGGAAACGAGGAAACCGACCGAGAGGAAAAGAAUGAGACUGAAUCCGAGAAGGACAAGGACACCAAGGAAGUGACCGAGAACGAUGCGGCCGGUGCGGAAAAGCUUGCCAACAAUGUGUCCGUCUCGCCCGUCAAGGAUAAGAAGGCCGGCGGCGAUGGAACGAAGGCGGCCGACGAUGUCAAGUCUGCGUUCAAGCCGGAUGAGGGUAACGUCAGACGAAUGCACACGGCUGUGAAGCUGAACGAGGUUAUAGUGAACAAAUCGCACGAUGCUCAACUGGUCAUACUCAAUCUGCCCGGCCCACCGAAGGAAACGUACAUGGAGCGGGAGAGCAACUAUAUGGAAUUCUUGGAGGUCCUUACCGAAGGUCUCGAGCGUGUGCUGAUGGUGCGAGGUGGCGGUCGGGAAGUCAUCACGAUCUACUCUUAAACUGGACAUCGCCAUCACCACAACAGCAGCAACAACAACAGCAACACAAAAAAAAAACACAUCGAUCGCGUGCACACAUUUCGCCCGACAGACGCUUUUCGUCCAGUUUUCCACACCCGCUUUCCUCGACGACAACGACGACGACGGACCAGUGCGCACCUGCGAACCCGAUAUUACGUACUCAACAUCCUGUUCACGCGUAUCACCAUCACGUCACCUCUAGACCGUAAGGAUGCAAGAAAAAAAUCCCCUAUUCUUCCCGACCCUUAUUACCCCCAAAAUUUUCCACCACAUGGACACACGGAAUGGAGCAGCUCUCGAAACUAACAAACAAAAAAAAAAACAAACCGACAACACGCUCGAUCAAAUCGAAAGCCCACUUUCGCUCGAAAGCCGCGUGGGGCCCGUCAGUUCAAAAAACGGCUAGCUUAUCGAAUAGAAACCGUAGUAUUAAAAGCAAAACAAUAGGAAGAAACGUUUUUAAGUGUCGUCUCGUGUGUGCGUGUGUUGCGGUUACGAAAUGAUAUCUUUACUAUCGGAUUAAGAAGUCUGUUAAAGCCCGUGUUUUCCCCCGUAAGAUGUUCGAUUCGAUUCGAUGGCCCGAUGCAAAUUGUACAACCGCGUCCUUGUGUAUUAGCGUUUAAACGUUUAAGUUGUGUAGAAGAAACAAUGCAGGCAAGAACAACCAAAAAAACACACACGAAGCAUCGGCAUUCAAAAAAACCACCGAAACCUGUUACGCAAUGGAAGAUAAAAUUCCCGCUUCGAUUGUGAUUUUGUUUUUCCACGGUACUGUUAAAAUUGUUUACCCUUGAUGCCCUUCAUUAUCCCUUCCCGGAAACGUUUUUUGACGUACCUUAGUUCGAUCGUAAUUACAAUCGGUGGACGCAUCUCGAAACGAUGACUGUGCGCGUCGGUGUAAUGUGCUGUGGCCAGUAGUACAAAGUACAAACAUCCCAAAAGAAAAUCCCGACCACACGCGCCAGCCUACACACACAGACACACACAUGACAAACCCCAUCAAGUGUCCGGUGGUCCCGGGCAGGCAGGACCUUACCUUUCCUUUCCAAUGUUCUACAGUCUGUCUACACCCGGUUGAUGCGGGGUUAGGUUAAAACCGGGAUUCGAUGUGAUAAGUUUAACGCGUUUAACUGUUUUAGCAAACGACGGAAUAGCUCUCGCGAAAAGAAUAAACAAUGGAACGACAGUACACGCUAGGCAGGUAUCCGUCGGUUUUGAAUGUUUUCCGCGCGUUGCGUUGUGCUGUGUCUGUGUCCACCCUAUUAAGCCCUAACGUUGCAGUAUAGUAGAACUCUUACGUGCCUAUAGUCUGUUAAACUCGAACCAGAAGAAAUGAAAACUUGUGCUAAAAACAGAGCAGAAAGGAAGGAGGAAAUAAACUCACACAAAAACACACACACACAUACAGUUUCCACCACCCACCCGUGAGGUCAACUCGGUACCAAGAAAUAGCGAAAAGACUUUAAGACCCGAACGACGGCAUCUGUGGCCACCCAGACGGGGAGCGAGCAAUUACAGACACAAUACACAAGGCCUCGCAGUGUCCUUCAUAGAACAAAGAGAAAGAGAGAGAGAGAGAGAGAGAGAGAGAGAGAGAGAGCCAUUGGCCAUACUCCCUGGGUGAAUUGUUUUAUUAUUUUUUUAUUAUUCUAUACUUUACCAGUUGUUUAGUUAUUUCGUUACUAAAAUUAAGUAGGAUUUGUCCUUUUAUUUUUGUUUAAAUUGCAAUUUUGUUUAUAUCCGGGAUUGAGCUAUAUAGAUGGCAACAGCGAAGCCGGCCGGUGUCGAUUGAAGAGUGUAUUGUUUCGCUAUGCAUUUGUUGUUUUGCUGAAAGAAAUUCUAGUUUUAUCAUUCUAUUUCCUUUUAUACAGGUAAGUGUUUGUUUUUUUUUAUGUGUCUUUUAAUAAUUUACAUGUUUAUUUAUCUUCUUUCAUUUGCUUCUGUUUACUCGAUUUUUACCACUGUUGCUAAGGACACUUUACCAAAAAGGCUUACUACACUACAUAACUGAACACGGAUUUAAUCGGUGAGUGAAUAAUAGAAAACAUUCCUCGGCCUACGUACAAAAACACCCACAUGUAAAACACAUUUACAAACUGAACGAUAAAGUAUGAAGCAAAGAGUCUACUGUCGCACUCCCUCUCAACGGACGCAAAAUAGAGAGGAGAAAACGAGAGGAGAAAAAGAAAACAUGAAAAACACGUUAAAAUGCAAUCUCUAUAGUAGAAGUAUUAGUAACUAGAUAUUUAAAGUAACGCAACACCGCAGAAAAAAAAAUGCAAAACAAACGAAAGGAAGAAGAAACAGAAGAACACAAGCAUGCAACAAAACAAUCGCAGUUGAAAGUUUAAGCAGCACACUCAUUCGAACUCAUUCGACGGGGACAUUCAAGAAACAACAAAACAACAAAGCAAAAUGAUAUUAACAUAUUUAAGACUGUGUUUUUAUGGUUUACGUUUUCUUGUCACCAUUUGUUAUAUACACCACACACACACACACAAAACGGAACAAACGUGUGUGUGUGGGUGAAAACUGCUGCUAAAAGUAGCGACGAAAGGAAGAGCCAAAUCCCCCACCACCAAAUGCCCGCCCCGCGCCCGCCCGCCCCGCGGAAGCCGAAUGCGGUGGGUUGUUAGCGGUGAAAGAAGAAAAAAAAAUGGUUACAAUUUAACAUUUACCCAGUUUGCGAAUAUAUGAUUAUUAUUACAACCAUACCGCAAAAAAACAUAAUUAUAAUGGUAAAACAAAAAUAAAGGCAGGACGUCGUACAAGUAGUCGACCCGAUGAUGAACUCUUGAACGUAAAAACGGAAAACGAACAAAAAAAAAACAGACAACAAAAGCAGACAAAACAGCAGCAGAACAACAAUAAUAUACAAACAAAGCGAGAACGAAACAAACAAGUCAAAACUUCUUAAACUUUCAUAUAUAUACGCACAUAUAUAUAAAACAACCAAAUAUACAGAAAAUCGUACAUUUAGGAAUACUGCAUACUUAGCUGCGUGUGGAGUGAAGCGAAGCAUUGGCAAAAUGGUACAGUAAUAUAAGAUAAACACAACAAAAAAGAAAAACAAACAAUUAGAAGUGAUUAAUAUGGAUAAUCGUAGUAAAUUAAAGGGGAUGGGAGAAAACGUGGGCGACUAUCUUCGCGAAAAAUUGUGUUGAAUUUCGUUUUAUUUUAUCUUUUUAUAGUUUUUUUUCUAUUUUUUUUUUCCUUUUUUAUUAAGAUUUUUCUUUACUUUUAUGGUUUGGUUUCAUGUUACUUGUUUCAUUUUUUUUCUUUUUUAUUAAUAUUUCUUUUUUCUUUAUUUUACUGAUUUUUCUUCUUUUCAUCUUUCUAUUUCCUCUCUUUUUUAUAUUCAACUUAAGUUUUUUAAACAUUUUUAUCUUUUACAUUCUAUUACUUUACUGUUUACAGUUUUAUAUAUUUCAAUCAAAUUCUUUUUUAUCUGCUCUUCUUAACAAUCGGUAUUUUGAAACGAAUUUGUGAAAUCACGAACCGUACCAGCAAAAUCAGUUAGAUUUAGUUAGCUCGAUGCAAAGGCGUCAGCGUACUAGCGUACGUGCCAUUAGCCCCAUACCUGUAGGCUGUACACCGCGUAGUAGAGUAAUGAAAUCUAUGAAAUUGAUUACUUCUAAAACUAAAUUUAAACAAACCAAAAAAAAAAUCUCUUUCCGACCCGUUGCGCGAUUGGACGACGAUCGCACGACGGUGGCAGGAAAAAGCAAGGACACACUCAUGAAAUUAACAUAAUUUUAUUGCAUAGGUUCAUUUUCGGAGCAUCGGCGUGGCAAGCGGGUGGAAAAUGAAACAGGCAAGAACGAUCCAAGGACAUUCCUUGGAUAAGGCAAGACCGGUUGGCAGAAGCGGUGAUGGGUGCCAGGUGUGUAGAAUGAAAACAAAAAAAAUUAAGAAAGUAAUGAAAUGCGACGAAAAUAACCUUUAUCUAAUAUAUAGGAAGUAAGAAAAUCCUAGUAACGGAAGUAAUAAAGUUGUGCGUUAGGGAGUAAUACUUAAAACACACGCAUACACACAGAAACACACGUAAUAAAACACAGUGAAAGGAGGAAAUAAGAAACCAGACAAAACAAAAAACACGACAAAAACACAGUCACUCCAAUUUUUUAGAUAAUUGUAACUGUUUACAUUAAUACUAGCCAAGUAGUAGUAAAUUUUACCCUCUCUCUGUCUCUCUGUCGCUCUAUUUCUCUAUUCGCUUCUCGAUGCGGAUAGAGAAGGAAAGAAAGCAAAGGAAAGGCAAAAUCAGAAGAGAGCAUUAAACAAAAACACACACACAAAACAAGAAAGAAGCGUGUAAAGUAAAAGUGUAUAGGAAAAGGGCAUACAAAAACAAACAAAAGCGAGCGGAAAAAAGAAAAAAAAGAGAGAGGGACAAAAAAUUACCAACAACAAAAAAAAUCCAAACUAUUCCAAACCACAAACGUGUAAGCGAAAAGGUUGUUCACGAAAAGGGGUAGAGAAGGUAAAACUAAGGUAAAAGCGAGUGCAAAAAACACAAAACAAAAGGGCAUUUCCGAAAAUAGGAAAGCGAAAAGAAGUAUAAAAAACAGUGUUCGGAAAAUCGGACAAAGAAAAAACAAAAACUGGCUCAACCUCUCAACCCCAUUUCGAAGGACACACCUUAGCCCGCGGUGCGCGUCCUUGCUGGGAGGAAAAGUUAUAGCUCAUUUACUGUGAAAACAAAG